AUGGGCCCUGCAACGCUUGCUCAGAUCGUGGAGCGCGCAAAGGUCGUUAGGAAGGAUGAGUUCGCUGUCCGGAGUUAUACGAAUGUAGCCAUGCAAUGCUUGGAGAACGCAGACAAAGUACUUGCUGAGGGUCGUCGCGAAGAAGCCUACGAGUUCUACCUUAAGGCUAGUAACAUCCUUCUCGAUACCAUCCCGGGUCACAAACAAUUCGCGACCCUCACCGGUUUGCCUUUAACGCAAUAUUUCGACGUUCGGCAGAAAAUGAAUACUAGAUACCCCACCUUUUCGGAAAUCAAAGAACAAAUCAAGGCUGCGGAGCCUCCGAGUCCUCCAAUGUCGCCGCCGCCUGCAGAAGUGGAGGAGCCAAAACGAGACUCCCUGGAGGAGAAGUUGGAGAGAUUGAGAAUGAAUGGAGUGAAUACGGGCUCAGCAGGGCGAACGGCUACCCCGGCAUUCAAGCCCAAGGCAGCUUCGCCAGCAACUCUUACACUUCCGCGAGCGAACGACAUCGAGACAAACCUCGUUACUGCGAGAGAGUCGUCUUCGUCCACUAAGAGCAGCCUCACUGCUGACUUGAUUAUUCCACCGUUCCGUGGCCAAUCGGCUGCGAGUGCGGUUAAACCCUCAUCUUCUGCUGUCCUGGGAACGAGUAAUGGCGAUCACGCAGUGGACAAGCCGCGACCAACCGUUCCCCACAAGCCGGCAUACCUGCAUUCACCAGUGUCAACACAGUCUCCGACGUUUCCAACGCCGCCGCCGUUGCACCCUAUCCAACCACCAUCAUACCCGACUCAGUCACACACGGAGGGCAAGGUUGGUGUCAACCUACCUCGAAUACUGACAGAUGCACGGUUUCCAAAAGCAAAUGUGGUUGAUCCAGAGACGCUAUUGGGCUAUACCCAGAGAACCACAGACCGUCCUUCUAUCCUGUUUUUGGACGUCCGGACCCGCGAGGAGUUCGAAGCGUCACAUGUUAGUGCAGAAUACAUCGUCAACAUCGAACCGCUCGUUCUCCGGGAGGGAAUGUCUGGUCAGCGACUUGAAGAUGCCCUUGUACUGAACCCACAGCACCAGAUCGAGCUCUUUUCUAGACGGAAUGAGUUUGAUUUGGUGGUGUACUAUGACGAUGAUAGUCGCUCGCUAAAUGCACGGCCAGAACUCACUGCGCUGAAUACCGCGAUUUAUGAACUCGCAAACUGGAGAAAGUACCUUGUGCGAUCUCCACUACUGCUAGUCGGUGGGUUGAGCGCAUGGAAGGAAGCAGGCGGGCUUUGCGUCGGUGGUGCCUUGAAGUCAGAUCAGACAGGAGGUAGUGCAGGUUCGACAAGCUCUGGUGGUCUUCGUCGGAGCCCGGCCCUCCCGUAUCGAGUGCCCGCGCAACGGCAAGAGCGGUCAAGAUCUCGUCCGCCGGUACCGCGACCAAUCGAAACCAUCGAUGUCGAGAAAGAAAAACGAUGGAUUGCUGAGCUGCAAAGCCCGAAUAAUCCUAUCGCUGUGGCGACAUCGCCCGAGCACGACCGAAUCGCAGACUAUAAGAAGAGAAAUCGCAAUACUGCGAUUGUAGCGACGGGUGAGGAUGAGAAUGUGAGUCCGUAUGCACGUACCGUCCAGGAUUUCUUCGCCAAGUAUCCGAGUAUUGCAGUGGACGAAAGACCGCCACCGCCUUACUCUCUACAGCCAGGAGGUGAACGAAGGGAAAGCAGAACAAAGUUUGAUUAUGAGCUUCCUAAGAAGGUUCACUCAGUGCCAGAACCAAUUGAGAGACCUGGACACGGGCUCAGGAGGCAAAGCACAUUCGUGGAUCACCCCUUCCAGGGCUUCGCAGAAGUCACUCAUCCAGAGUUUCAACCUCCGACACCAACGAGAGCCGCGCCGCAGCCUGAUCCUGAGCUCGCACGUGCCCGCGGAUCUACAAGGGACUCAUUGCAGUACCCCGUUAUGGUGACGCCUCGCGCGCCGUCUGAAGGACGUACGUCGAAGGAAAUGUUGCCCAUGACGGCAAUGACACCGGCAGCUGUACCUCGUCUUCCUUCUCAGGCGCCCAUGCAGGCUGUUGCACGACAGCGGAUGUCAUCAUAUAGCGGUGACACCAAUUACGGAACUACUGGGUUGAAGAACCUCGGAAAUUCGUGCUUCAUGAACUGUAUCCUGCAGUGUGUCAGUGGUACUACGCCGUUUACCCGUUACUUUUACAACGGAAGCUACAAGAACCAUAUUAGCAAGACUAAUCCGCUCGGUACCGGUGGUCAGGUUGUGUCAGCAUGGAGCAAGCUCGUGCGUCAUCUGUGGACAGAUUCGUACAACUUCGUCAGUCCGGUUACAUUUCGAGACACGAUUGGGAAAGUGAGAGAUGAGUUUGCCUCUGGGCAACAGCAAGAUGCACAGGAGUUCAUGCAGUUUUUCCUCGAUGCUUUGCAUGAAGAUUUGAAUGUUGCUUCAGCUAACAAGAGGCUUCUGGAUCUGACACCAGAAGAAGAAGCCUUUCGGGAGCAGUUACCGGUAGCAGUGGCCGCACAGUACGAGUGGAACCGCUACAGACACCGAAACGAGUCCCUAGUGACGAAUCUCUUCCAGGGGCAGUUCUGCAACAGGUUGAGAUGUCACACAUGUGGGCAUACGAGUACUACAUACAACCCAUUCAUGUACCUGUCACUGCCCAUCUUGGUGAGGAAGGGCAACAAGAUCAGUACUUUGCGAGAUUGUCUUGAUGGAUUCGUGCACGAAGAAGUGAUGGCAGGAGAUGAUGCCUGGAAUUGCCCAAGAUGCAAGAAGCCACGCAAGGCCACGAAGCAGAUGACUAUUGUCCGUUUGCCUACCAUCCUCAUCAUUCACUUCAAGCGAUUUAUCGUGAAGGGCCGAUGGACGGAUAAGCUUAAUGCUCCGGUUCAGUAUCCAUUGAGGGAUCUCGAUCUCUCCGCGUAUGUCCCUUCAACUGAUAAUGUUCCCAACUCGGAUGCGCCACCGCCACCUCAUGUCUACAACCUUUACGCAGUUACAAACCACUUUGGAACUCUGAACUCGGGACAUUACACCGCAUAUGUUCUCGACAAAUCCAAGAACCGAUGGAAUUUGUUCGACGACACCAAGGUUACCAGUUGCGAUGAGUCACAGGUGAUAUCACCAGCCAGUUACAUUUUGUUUUACGUCAGACAGCGUGUAUAA